AUCCUCCUGCUCAUAAUGAAAAUAGUCCUGCUCCAGUCAGCCAAGAUGAACCUCAUGGACAUCACCAAGAUUUUCUCCCUCCUGCAGCCUGACAAGGAGGAGGAGGACACCGACAUGGGGGAGAAGCAGGCUCUCAAUCAAGCUGUAUAUGACAACGAAUCCUAUACCCUGGACCAGCUUUUGCGCCAAGAGCGUUACAAACAUUUCAUCAACAGCAGGAGUGGCUGGGGUGUUCCUGGGACGCCCUUGCACUUGGCUGCUUCUUAUGGCCACCUGAGCUGUUUGCAGAUCCUCCUGGCACAUGGCACUGACGUUGACAGCUCGGACGUCAAGGCACAGACACCGCUUUUCACCGCCAUCAGUCAUGGCCAUCUGGACUGUGUGCGUGAGCUUUUGGAAGCUGGUGCCUGUCCUGGUGGUAGCAUCUACAACAACUGUUCUCCUGUGCUCACAGCCACCCGUGAUGGUGCAGUUGCCAUCCUGCAGGAGCUCCUAGGCCAUGGUGCAGAGGCUAAUGUCAAGGCCAAACUACCAGUCUGGGCAUCAAACAUAGCUUCAUGUUCUGGCCCCCUCUAUUUGGCUGCAGUCUAUGGGCACCUUGACUGUUUCCGCCUGCUUUUGCUCCAUGGAGCAGAUCCUGACUACAACUGCACUGACCAGUGCCUAUUGGCUCGUGUCCCACGGCCCCGCACACUCCUUGAAAUCUGUCUCUACCAUAAUUGUGAGACAGAGUACAUCCAGCUGUUAAUUGAUUUUGGUGCAAACAUCUACCUUCCAACUCUCUCCUUGGAGCUAACCUCACAAGAUGAUAAAGGUGUUGCAGUGCUGCUACACGCCCGAGCCAUCCCACAGUCGCUACUAUCACAGGCCCGUUUAGUUAUCCGCAGAGCCCUACGCCAGGCCAGCCAGCCACAAGCCAUCGAUCAGCUGGAUAUUCCCCCCAUGUUGAUCAGCUACCUUAAACACCAAACGUAA